GCGACCCCCCACAAAAAAAGGCGUCUCUCUCCUCUCUCCCUCUCUGUGGCUGAUCCAAGCUGCUGAUUCCGCGUGUUCGAUCUCUCGUUUCGUAUCUUGCUCUCCGUGUGCGUGUUGCAGCGGCAGUGGCUCAUCGGAGAAGCGAAGUCUGCAUGAUUUGAUUUCUCCGCUGAUUCGAAGAAAUCGUGGGUUGUAUUCUGGUCAUUCAUCAUCACUUUCUUCGGUAUCGGGAUCGGACUGCUGUUUUUCUUGGAUUCUGCUUUCUCUGAAACUUCCGAUUUCUCCUUCGUGCUGCUGAGUAAGGAGGAUGGAUGACGAAGAACCUUCAAGAAGUGGCCAAGAGGGAAGUUCUGUGUCAUUGUUUGAUUAUUCAUAUGAGAACCAUUUGAAGGAAAUAAACUGGAUUGCUGAUCUAUGUGAUGAAACGGGUACGGAUUUCGAUGAAAAUGAGAUCAAUCGACUGUCAUCAUCAAUCACGUUCUUGAGGGAAUGGAGGUAUUUUAAUUAUGAACCAAGAACUAUUAGAUUCUAUGGCGGAAAGGACAUCCCUGAACCAAAGGAUAUCAGCUUACCUCAGUUUUCAUCAGCCACUGUUCAGAAGGGGAACAUACAUGGUGAGUCACCAAGUUGUGAAUCCAGCAAGGACUUCGUGAUGUAUGUCGGAGGUUCUUUAUGGGCAUUGGACUGGUGUCCUAGAGCUCACAGAAAUCCAGAUGCUCGAGCAAAAUGUGAGUUUCUAGCUGUUGCUGCUCAUCCACCUGAAUCUUAUACUCACAAGAUAGGUGCUCAACUUACAGGAAGGGGCAUCAUUCAGAUAUGGUGCAUUCUAAAUCUGAGCUGUGAGAAAGAUAUAGUCUCUAUUCCCGAGCAGAAUCAGAAGGGAAAAUCCAAACCUGGCAAAUCAACAGCGGGAAAGCCAAGAGGAAGACCUAGAAAAGAAUCACUAGAUGAAUCUGUUGAAACAGUAAAAGCUAAAAGGCCAAGAGGCAGACCCAGAAAACACCCAGUGGAGACACCAGAGCCUAGGAAACGGAGAGGAAGGCCUCGAAAGCAGGCUAUCGGUGACAUUAUUUGUACGCCCCAUGGUGAUGACCAACAUAUUCAAGCUCUCGCUGUUCAAUAUCCUGGACUGUCAGUUACCCCCCUUGCUAUAGAGCCUCCUUUGAAGUGUGCACAAGAAAUUUCAGUACCGAAAAAUAAAGUUGAAAGUGAAGAUUCUAGAAAUGUAGCGUCUUCAGGAAAUUCAAAUACCAAGCUUCCUGUAAGAAGAAAGAGAUCUAAAACCGCUGUUACCGAGGAAGGUUUCAGACCCGUGCAGUCAGAUAUUAGUGAAGAAGCAAUUCAUCAUACCACUGAGGAGGAACUUAUGGUUGUUGGCAGUGUGCAAGACAGAAAUUCCUUGGACAUCUCCAAGGACCUGCUCUUUCUUCCGAGGGUUGUCUUAUGCCUGGCUCACAAUGGGAAAGUUGCCUGGGAUAUGAAAUGGCGGCCCUUGAGUGCGUAUGAUUCUCAAAAUAAGCACAUAAUGGGUUAUUUGGCUGUCUUGCUUGGGAAUGGAGCUCUGGAAGUGUGGGAGGUUCCAAUGCCUCAGGCAAUGACAACUAUAUAUUUAUCUUCAAGCAAACCUGAGACUGAUCCUCGUUUUGUGAAACUGUCUCCUGUUUUCCGAUGUUCAAAGUUGAAGUGUGGUGACACACAGAGCAUUCCGUUGACGGUUGAGUGGUCAACUUCAGGGAACUCUAAUUUGUUACUGGCUGGAUGCCAUGAUGGAUCGGUUGCUAUCUGGAAGUUCUCUACAACUAAAUCUUCAGAAGAAACAAGACCACUGCUUUUCUUCAGUGCGGAUACUUCUCCUAUUAGGUCCGUUUCAUGGGCUCCUGCUGAAAGUGACGAGGAGAGUUCAAACGUGAUAGUUACCGCUGGUCAUGGAGGUGUGAAGUUUUGGGACAUACGCGAUCCAUUCCGACCUUUAUGGGAUUUGCACCCGGUACCCAGGUUUAUUUAUAGUCUCAAUUGGGUAUCGGACCCGAGGUGCGUCUUAUUAUCUUUUGACGAUGGAACGAUAAGAAUCAUCAGCUUGGUGAAAGCUGCAUAUGAUGUUGCAGCGACGGGAAAACCUUUUCCGGGUACGAAACAACAAGGGCUCAGCGUUUAUAACUGUUCGUCGUCUCCUAUUUGGAACGUUCAAGUAUCACCACUCACAGGCAUAGCAGCGUAUUGCAGUGCAGAUGGAGCUGUUCUUCAUUUCCAGCUUACUGGCAAAGCAGUGGAAAAAGACUCAAGACAUCGGGCCCCACACUUUCUCUGUGGAUUCUCGACUAUGGAAAAUUCGGUCUUUACGGUCCAUACUCCGCUGCCCGACAAGCCCGUAACCUUAAAGAAAACAGUUAAGGAAUCAGGUGAAAACCCGAAAUGCCUCAGAAGCCUCUUGAGCGAGUCAAGUAAAAGAGCUUCCUCUUCAUUGCAAGACAUUCAGCCAUUAGCUCUUGAAUUCCCCGAGGAUCCAAAUUCAGAGACCGAUCCCGAGGGUACGCCAUCAACUUCCUCGCACCGAAACAGCAAAGCUUCGAAACACAAAAACACAGCGAAAGAUGAAGACGAAAACAACAAGCAAGCACUCGUCUGCGUGGAUGAAGCUCGAGAAAACGAAGUUGGGAAAGAAGAAAAACGACGGGAGAACGAAGCAGAAGGGUUUCCGCCAAGGAUGGUAGCGAUGCAUCGGGUACGGUGGAAUACUAACAAAGGCAGCGAGAGAUGGCUUUGCUACGGCGGAGCUGCCGGAAUCGUACGGUGUCAAGAGAUUGCUUUGCCGUUUAGGACAAAACGGUAAAAACGUUAGGGACAUUAACCAUUAGGGUGUAGGUAGUUAUCAGUGUUUUUAGGUGAAAUGACAAUCUAAUUUAUUUUUUGGAAUAAUUAGUCUUAUUGUUGAUUGAAUGUUAUUAAUUCACAUA